UUUUGAAGGCCAGACCGCGAACAUCCGGUCCCGCGCGAGCGUCACUGCGAUUGGCCUGACGGCGCCUCUCGUGUUUCUGAUAAAAGCUUCUUAUUCGGGGCGAAGGAAGGCAGACAUGGAGGAGCUGAGCGCCGUGGGAGAGCAGGUCUUUGAUGCCGAGUGCAUUCUGAACAAACGGCUGAGAAAGGGAAAGUUGGAGUUUCUGGUGAAGUGGAGGGGAUGGUCGUCCAAACACAACAGCUGGGAGCCGCAAGAAAACAUCCUCGACCCGAGACUGUUGGCUGCGUUCAAUAAGAAAGAGCAAGAAAAGGAGCUUCUGAUACGUAAGAAAGGAAAAAGGCCGAGGGGACGACCGCGGAAAAUCCUAGAAAAUGUGCCCGAGGCUCAAAAGUCCAGCAGCUCUUCAUCUGGCUCCUCGUCAUCGUCCUCUGAUUCCUCGUCCUCCUGCUCCUCCUCUUCAUCCUCAUCAGACGACGAUGAUGACGACGACAGCCACGUCAAACAGGCCGCCCCGAGCACCAGAGCGCGAGAUCUUCAUCCCGUCCCGCAGAAGAAGGCGCAGAUUGUCGUGGCAAAGCAGGAGCCCCCAAAGAAACGGAGCAGGAAGCCUCCGCCCCCCGACGUGAAGGAAUUCCAGCAGAACAAGGGCCCUCGCAAAAUGUCCAAAGAUACAGAUCUUCCAGGAGCAAUCAAGAAGCCGGUUCACCCGGCGAGCUUCACCUUCAUGGGCUUCCAUCGAGCCUCGGGUCGGGAGUUGGCGGGCGGUCCGAACAGGAGCCCUGUGACCCAGGGUGGGGCUGUGAAAAGCUCUGUGGUAUCUGGCAGGUCAGUCCAGCCGGCCUCUCCCGCCGUGAACAAAUCCAACCCGAGCAGGAACGCCACCGAGGGAAAGGUGUCUGUCUCCAGCAUGAACAGCGGGGCAAGUCUGGAUUUGAAAGCAGCUGCUAGUAAAUCAAAAGGAGUAGCGGCGUUGAAUUUGAAUACAUCCAAACACCCGACCCAAGGAACCACUCAGCAUACACUAAGUUCCCCCAACGGACAAAAGAAACCGCAGUCCCCUGUGUCCACGCUGCAGCGGAUACCCAAUACUAAAGCAGUGGCAGCCUUACAGCCCAAGAACGCCUCCUCCAACCAGGGUUCUGGCAUUCAGCCUCUCAACCUCCAGAACAAGCUGGUGCAGAGCAGUGAUGCUCCUGGAAACGGCACCGCCCCGGUGUCAGGCCUGAGGAACGCAACAAAUCCAGCAAGGAAAACUGCCGUCACAAAUCAGGAGUAUAAUCCUCCAAAGAGUCUGUCGACCCCGGGAAGACUGCAGACGAGGAAGAACCAGCCCGGAGCAGACAAGGUCAAGGAGGCGACAGAAAUCCAGACCCCCAGAGUCCAAGGCAGGCUGGAGAAGAGCGGCGUGCAGAAAUCCUCCACGGAGGUCCAGAGCCAGCAGGACAGAUCGGCCUCCAAAGAUGGCAAGAAAGCCAAAAUGAACGACAUGAGCACGGGCGAAGACGAGAGCAGCUCAGAGUCCGACCAGGACUACGCUGGACAGAAUCCCUCGGUCACGGUCCAGAACCAGGACUGGAAGCCGACACGGAGUCUCAUAGAGCAUGUGUUCGUAACGGAUGUCACUGCUAAUCUUGUUACGGUCACGGUCAAGGAGUCGCCAACCAGCGUGGGCUUCUUCAGCAUCCGCAACUACUGACAGAACUCCACACAGUGCAAACCAGAUGGGAUUCUGGGGGUUCGGAUGGGAAACUGGAUAAACAUUUGGCCGGAGAAUUUCCCCCUCCCCCCGAGGUUCAUUUGCUCUUCCUCUUCUUUUUUUUUUAGGAAAGACCAAUUUUUAGGUUUAAACAAAAAGAAAGAUAAACAUCAGUUCUUGAUUGUGAUUAUUUAUUUUCUCAUGCCUUGUGCAGCGGAGGAACAGAAAUGCACGAGGAAUGCAUUUCAAACGUGCAUCGUUACGAUCCCGGACACAAAUAACUUAUUCAUCACAUCCAUUUCCAAAUAUCAAGAUAAAACUCCCAAAUGUAGGUUUUUGAAUCUAUGUGAAACAUUCAUACACACAUUCAUGUUGCUCCCGAUUCAGUUCUGUCACAACAGAAGACACAGAUGAGAGGAAUGUCUUUAAAGGGAGAGUGCACCCCAAAAUUGAAAUUCAAGUCAUUAUCUCCUGACCUCUGCUGAUUUCUGGAGUUUCACAGCAGAACAGCGUUGUAGCAUUCUCCUAAACAACUGAAGCUGCUGGGGUUUGGUUCUAAAAUAUAAUAAAACAGAACAUAAAUAAAUGAAAUGACUUCAUACUGCUCAUCUGGCAUAAUCCAUAAAGUCUCCGGAAGAUCUAAGAAUUGUUUACAUACUAAGCUAAAAGCGUUAGCGUCCAGUUUGAAGUUGGUGCAAGAGCUUGACUUUCUGUCAAGGAUGUAAAUAUAACAUCUUCUCAAGCAUCUCAGGGCUUCCAGAGACUUGGAUGAGCUGCAUGAAGCCAUUUUUACGUUUAUUUAUCUUUUAAAAUGAGUCCCCAGCUACGUCAGCUGUUCAGGAGAGUGCUCUAACACUUUUUCUGCCGUGAAGCUCCAGAAAUGUUCUGUGGACUACUUAACUUCACCCGCCUUUCCAUCGGCAUGAGGGUAGCAGAUAAGGAUUCACAUUUUUGGGUGAACUUUUCCUUUUAGUAAAGAAGUAAAAAAAAAGGGUAGACAUGAGCAGGAGGGCUAGCUUCUUUGAUGGGUAGCAGACAUAUAGUUCAGAAUGUGUCAGUGUUGUGAAUCCAUAUCAAUCAAUAGCUAAUGUAAAGCAGUUUUAAUUCUUAGUAUAUAGUAUUGUUUAUUUUUUUAAAUGUUUCAUAAAUUAGCUACCUCUUCUGUUUACUUCAGCGUUUGCUGCAUAUGUAUAUUCAAUUCUCGUGGGACUGGACAGCCUCUCCCUCCAGGGUAAACCAUGACUGUGUCCAUAUAUAUUUUUUUUUUAUAUCGCUCUAAAUGUAUCAUGCUCUUUAGUACCAGCGACCUGCAGACAGCCGCUGUGUUGAACUUCGUGCCUCGGAGAAGAAGUUUCACUCCAUACCAGCUUGAUUUUUAUUUUUUUUUUCCCAAACGGGCCGAAGCAUGUGGGGGAGUCAGAUACAGUAUCUGUGCUCCCCCCUGCUGUCGAGAUAAGACCGGCUGAGGUUUUUUGCUCUUCUGCCUCUGCAUCACUUCAAGGCUUUCACCAGCAGACUUGUGAAUACCCUGAGAGUAAGUGCUUGUGUUGACACGGCAGGAUGAUCACGGACAUUACAACCUGACGAGGCUUCCGAGAGAGCGAGAGCUUUUCAUGAGCCGUUCAGAUUUGUGAAGGCGACGGCCUUUAAAACCGCUGUGGGAGAGGUUGGGUGUGGACGAAGCCUGACAGUUAACCACUCGGCUUUGUUUGUCCUCGACCACAA